UUCAGGCACUUGUCUCGGGAGUUCCGACUUCGUGAAUUCGCAGUACAAGUGGUGUCGUCACAAAAAAACGCGAUAGAACUGUAACCGAGACGCCGAGCUGAAUUAAGCUGUAAACAGCAGUUUUUCGAUCGCCAUUCUGACAAGAAAGUUGCAUUUCGUUGCGAUAGAGAGUCUCUGAAGAAUCAAUCUGAAACAACCUAACCUUGAUCAGUUGCUAUUUUGCUAAAAGAAGUUAGAAGUCACUUUGCUGAUUAUCGGACAAACGAUACACGUGAGGAACAUGGAGAUUAUCGAAUUGGUAUCCGAUGAAGAUCAAUCAGACGAAGGUGCAAAGAAAAGUAAACCUAAGGCAUUCAGUAGCAAUUGCAUCAAUUUUAAAUGCAAGUCGGGAAUAGCUAUGAAACCGGCGCCUUCCUUUGCUUGCGCUUACUUUGGGGUUACUGACAAGAAGAAGAAGAAACGUGAAAUAUGCAGAGAAUGCUUUGGCACUGCUCUGAAGCAUCAACAGCAACUGGUUAAAGCUUUCUUGGAAAGCAAACCGCUAUUAAAUUGUGACUUUCCAGAUCACACAAUGGAAGUAGAAAUUUCUGAUAGUGAUGAGUCUGACAGUGAGGAGAAGAAAGAAGUGGAUAACGAGCAAUAUUUACCAGAAGAUAUGAUCUUAGAUAUUCAAGAUAAACUGGACGAUACAUUAAAAUAUGUCUCUAAGAAGUAUAAUCUGAAACACCACACUGAUGUAGCAUGUAAGACUCUGAGAGAAAAGUGGCGCAUCAUAAAUGUAACGAAUGUUGAUCUUGAUAUGGAGAUACGAGGGAUAAUGAAGACCAUGGAUAAAUUGCGCAACGAAUUGUAUGACGUGUACAGACCGAAAAUCAAGAUGGUCGAGGAACUCCAGAUAAAUGACGGACCUGUGGAAAGUCUGUACCCAUUUGUGGCGACGAAGAAGGUUACACAAGUGCGCGUUACACCUGGAUUGUCACAUGACAGCCAAGUGGAGGUCGUGCCGAUCGAACGAGACGUCAAGGAGAUCGUGAUUCCCAACUUACCUCCGGCCGGGCCGCUCGUGAAAGCGGUCCCGGACGUAGAUAAUAUUGUUUAUGUCAUGAAAAGUCCUCUCAUGCCCUGGCAGAAAGCAAAGAUUCAACAUGUAAUCUCGAGAAAUCCAUGGAGCAUUCGCGUGAAACUAAUACACAGGAGGGGCUGCCCGGUGUUCAAAUCUGUUUUCGGCAAGCAAUUUGCAUUGGCUCAAACAAGUAAAGUUUUAAUCCCGGUCGGAACGCGAGUUGUCGCUUUGUUCAACGACGUCGUGAGCAAUAACUUAUACAGCGGAAUCAUCGCUGAGACACCCAAGUCAACGAACAGAUAUAGGUACUUGGUAUUUUUUGACGACGGUUACGCGCAGUACGUCAUGCACGAAAAUAUCUGUCUAGUUUGGGAACACUCGUCGCACGUUUGGGAAGAUGUGCCAGCUGACUCGCGAGAUUUCGUGAAGAAGUAUCUGGAAACAUAUCCCGAGAGGCCAAUGGUGAAGUUACAAAAAGGUCAGAUAGUGAAGACCGAAUGGAAGGGCAAGUGGUGGAUUGCGAGGGUUUUAUCGGUCGAUGCGAGUUUGGUGCAAAUGUUCUUCGACGCCGAUGGUAGGACCGAAUGGAUUUAUCGUGGAUCCACUAGAUUAGGGCCUCUGUAUCUCGAAUUGUUGAAGGCCACUGCGAGACAACAGGGCAACAAGGCGCAUCAUGUACCCAGCAAUGCGCAUAAUCGGUUGCCUCGCCUUCCCGCAGUUUCCAAUAAAAGCAAUCUGCCUUACGUCGAGUACACAUCCAACGUGGAAGCAGAUGAGGAAGUAACACAGAAUGCACGAGCAGCGAAAGCAACACCCGCGACGAACGCGCCGCUUAGUGCACCGGCAACCGCUGCACCGUCAUCCGUUGCACCGUCAUCCGCUGCACCGCAGCAGUCACGAGCGGUAGCCAAGAAAAGUACAGCCAAGCGGCAAAGCAGCGCAGACAGUGCAACAACAACAUCGUCAGUAUCAACAGUGUACAAUCCUCCGGCGGAAAUAAAACCGUCUCACAGUAUCGUUUUUUACCAUACUCAGCGGAAGUAUGAGCCGAAGAAGUAUGUUUUUCACAAAUGUGGGAUAAGAUGUAUCAAGAACAUCAAGGUUUCGUACGAAGAUCUGAAAGGGCUGCCUCCGCUUUCCAUCCCCUUAUUAUGCGGGUGGCAUCGUCAGCUCUGUAAGUUCUCCAAAACCAAAAAAGUGAUACUAUAUCAGGCACCAUGCGGCGUUAGGCUGCGAAAUAUGGAGGAGCUGCACCGUUAUCUCCGUGUCACCGGUAGUACCUUGUCUGUUGAUUUGUUCGACUUCGACUACUGGGUGCGUGCCUUUGCGGACUUCGUCGUGGAGAAGUGCUUCAUUAACAUCAAAGAUCUCAGUUACGGCGUGGAGAACGUGCCGAUACCAUGCGUGAACGACUUGGAUCACACACAGCCGGAUACCAUAAGAUACACCACGCGCAGGGAACCAACAGAGGGUGUUAAUUUGAAUUUGGACCCAGCGUUUUUAUGCAGCUGCGAUUGCGAGGACGAUUGUCAGGACAAGAACAAAUGUCAGUGUUGGCAGUUAACAAUACAAGGAGCAACCUUGGGUGGCAAGGUUCCAGACACUGCUGUUGGCUAUGUUUAUAAACGCCUACCCGAACCGGUGACCACCGGAAUUUACGAGUGCAAUUCGGGAUGCAAGUGUUCGGUGAAAACGUGCCUAAAUAGAGUAGUCCAGCAUCCUCUCGGUCUGAAAUUGCAGGUGUUUAAGACCGGACCACGUGGAUGGGGUAUAAGGUGCCUCAAUGAUAUUCCACACGGUGCUUUUAUCUGUAUUUACGCAGGCAGACUGCUCACCGAACAGGGCGCCAACGAAGGUGGCAAGAAUUAUGGCGACGAAUAUCUGGCAGAAUUGGAUUACGUGGAAGUGGUGGAAGGUAUCAAAGAAGGCUACGAGAGCGAUGUUCUCGAAACAGAAAUGUCAGUCUCACCCACGGAUGACAAACAGAAAGAUACCAUUGAGACCUUGAGCGACGAUGAGGAAGAACAUAAUUCGAAGGAUAAUGCCAAUGAUUCGGAUGAAGAUUUUAUGACCAGAUACUUGAGAAGUACUUGCAGGAAAUCGAAUUCUUCCUCUAUUAGGAAUCGUUUGAGAAAACGAAAAACGGACGAUAUAACAGAUCAACCAGAGUGUUUCGAAGAGAGCAGCGAGGACGGUAUCACUACAAAAAGCUCGGAAAAGUCGUCCGCGAGUGAAAAUCGCUUAGCUGAUCAAGAUGGGGCUAAUGGAAGUGACGAUGAUGAUAGUAGAAACAAUUUAAGGGAACCGAGUAGAUUUGAGCCGAGUGUAGAGCCAACGCAAAUAGAAGGACCGGCAUUCAAGUCUGUGAGAGACUUCUUCGGUGAAGACGAGGCUGUUUACAUCAUGGACGCCAAAACAACCGGAAAUAUUGGUCGUUACUUGAAUCAUUCCUGUGAUCCAAACGUUUUCGUGCAAAACGUCUUCGUUGAUACGCACGACGUACGUUUCCCGUGGGUGGCGUUUUUCGCGUUACAAUACAUAAAAGCUGGCCAAGAACUUACGUGGAAUUACAGUUACGAUGUAGGUAGCAUACCUGGUAAAGUGAUCAUUUGCAAGUGUGGUGCUGCUAACUGUAGGGGCCGUCUCCUAUAAGCUGUGCGUUUGGUAGGCAGUUUUUUUUAUCAAUGAAUUAUUUCUCAUACAAACAAUAUAUUUUUACCUGCAGAACUGCUAUAUACAAUUGAUAAUAGACGUUACGAGUAUCAUUUCACUCACCGUUAUUUAUUCUCACCAAGAUUUGUAUUAUACACAUGUGUGAAGAUGAAAAAUAUGUGUUUUUCGUUUGUACAAUUCGCAAAAUAUAUGUGAUACCACCUCCGAUAAAUUACAAAAGAAUAUGCUUUAUAAUUUAUGCAUAUAUACCUUGAUCUGUUAAAGAACAAAUUUGACUUUUUGAUAGACAGAAAGAGUGAAUUAUUACCUGUUAUCUUUUUGUGUAAAAAAUACACGAGAUCCACACAAUUCGUCGUCGUAUACAGGACAUAAGGAAAUGAGAGCAAUAUUCAUAACAAUGAAUGUAUUUGCUUAUUACUUUUGAUUAUUGUACAUUCUUAGCAUUCAUUAGACACGUUACACGUUGGUAGCAUUGCAAAGACACUACUUCUUUGAUCGCAAUUUACACAGAUCUCUUUGAAAAACUCAACUCAGCAUACAAGAGUCUCGAAAGUGUUUUCUUAGCACUUCGCUCAAACACACAAGUAAUCCUCCGUCCUUGCGACGAAAAAAUUAUUCGAUUAAAAUGGAAUAACGAUUCAAUGAUCGCGCGCGUACAUGACAUAAAAAUGUAUAAAAAGGUUCCUCGAGAUUUAUAAAUUAAUAACAAAGAGAAAAUGUAAAAGUCGUACGUACUGUCUUAUAGAGAAUAUAUCAAAAUACAUUAUAUUAUAUAUAUGUAUAUAUAUAUAUAUAUGUAUGUGUAUGAUUGUUAAAUUUAAACUAAAACUAACCUUCAUAAUCGGUCUUUUAGCUACGAAAGAACAAUAUCAGUAUUACAAAUCUGUAGACUUAUGCAUACAUUUAGAACCAUGAAGAAUUAACGCGCGAGAAUGAGCUCUUCAUUAUACUUGACAUAUGCAGUAUAUUAUUUUAUUAUUAUUAUUAUAAAACAGCAUCCACAUACCUAUGUUCAUUAAUUUAGAGUGCUUAAAUAUUCUAAUCAUAGGCGAAAAAUAAAAAUCAAGCUGUGGUGGAAUA